AUGUCAAGGCAUCAAGGGUGUCCUAAUCCCCAUUCAACGAGGGAGGAUAGAAACAAGAGUGCGGAAGUUGAUAUAGUGCAAGGAGAUAGUCUGGAAUUAGGGCUUAUAACGUCCGCUACUAGUCGGGAUGUUGAAAUAGAUGAAAUUACUAUUACUGCCGGACAAAAGAUGCUAUCCGCCAUGUCAGGAAGCCUGCUUACUUCACUCCUGAUGACCCCUCUUGACGUUGUUCGUAUUCGUCUUCAGUCUCAAACCUUCGUACCGCCGAAAGCUACACCCAAGUUUGAUGCUGUUCGGAUACAGACUCCUGGAACACUACAAACUAACCUGGGGGUAUCUAAUUGUUGCCGAGAAGUAUUCUUUGCUAGCAAUAAUGUCGAAUAUUGUUUGGCUACACCUAGAGCGAUGAGACUAGGUCGAUCCUCAGGAGAGAUAAAUUGUGCGUGGGAAGAAGUGAAGCGCAAGUCUUUUAAUUCUACCUUUGACGGUCUUCGAAAAAUCGCGCGAGAUGAAGGCUUCACAACCCUAUGGCGUGGGCUUUCUCCAACUCUAGUCAUGAAUAUACCUGCCAAUAUCAUUUACUUUACUGGCUAUGACUGGUUACGAUAUGACAAGACGAGUCCAGUUAAUAAAUACUUUUCUGAAACCUGGGCGCCUUUGGUAGCCGGAUCGACGGCACGAAUGAUGGCAGGCACUGUUGUAAGCCCCAUCGAGAUGUUUAGAACUCGAAUUCAAGCUAGAAAAUCAAUUGAGGGUGGACAUUUUGCCAAGACAAUCAAAGGAAUAAAAAAAAUGGUAUCUAGAUAUGGUUAUACAUCGUUGUGGCGCGGAUUGACAUUAACAUUAUGGAGAGAUGUACCAUUCUCGGGUAUUUAUUGGUGGGGAUAUGAGACCAUUCGAGGAAAAUUGAGAAAGAUACGCGAGGGAAAUACAGUUUAUCAGCAAAAUACGGAAACUGGAAGCCAGACUUUAGCUCAACCUUAUAUCCCUGGAAAUCAUACUGCAACAUUCACUGAUAGUUUCAUCGCCGGUGCUACUUCUGGAGCGAUUGCCUCUAUUCUAACCAUGCCAUUUGACGUGGGUAAGACCCGACAACAAGUCUUUGCGGGAUCAAAAAAUACAGUACAAGGAGCAAAAAAUAUAGUUGCACCAGAAGAAAGACCUAUGAUAAGAUUUUUAUGGCACAUAUUUCAAUCUGAAGGUGUCUCUGGUCUCUGCAGGGGAUGGAUACCGAGGACUUUAAAAGUAGCUCCUGCAUGUGCGAUCAUGAUCAGUUGUUAUGAAGUGGGAAAACGAUUAUUCCGUAAUUUAAAUAGCGAUGCGGCUGAAAAGAAAGUUUACGUUGUAUGA